AUGAAGUUGGCGCGCUCGCAUUCGUUUUACCAUGCAAAAGGCCUGGGACUCUUUGCGGUGCCAUGUCAAUCUAUUGCAAAGCUUUACACUGCCAACGUAGGACAUCUGAAAGGGGCAGCGCAAGUGAGGCACAAGCGAGCCCGAAGAUAUAGUAGAAAAGCAAGGUGCAUGCUGGAGAGGCGGGGCAAAGAAAAGGAGUUCAAGGACGUGACGGGCGUCAUGGAAGGCGUGCAGUCGUACUUUGACCGAGACGUGAGCUCCUGCUGUACCGCAUUGAGCGUCGACGCUGGCAGAUCUGGGCACUCGCAACUCUCGUACUCUAUGCUGCGUUCCAACUGCAUCUGUUGCCCAAGCAGCAGCCCAAGUCGCAGCCCCCAAGUCGUAGCUCAAGUAUUCUUUUUCCUGACGUGGCCACUCACGUACUUAUCGCAACGUCAGAAGUACUGGACGCUGGUGGACUCGCAUGUCCUGCUGGGAGCAGCGUCCACAGCUUUUCUGCCUCAUGUUGACGCUCCAGCAGCUUGUGGGGUUGAUGCAGUUGUCAAUCUACGUGAUGAGUACGCAUGCCCUAUGGAGCAGUACAAGAGACACCACAUCCAGCAGCUUCAACUGCCGACAGUUGACCACUUUUCGCCUUCACUUGAGGCAUUAACAGCAGCUGUUGCGUUCAUUUAG